GUCAGCUGUUCGAUUCCGCGAUUUACAAUUCCAACGGUUUUAGAUAUCUUUGCGUAAUGUUGCCUCUCCGGUGGAGUCUCCUAAAGCCGCUCCAGGAUGGCAUCCGUUUGAGCCGGCGCCACUUGGCUCAAAAGAACCUCCUGGAGCUGACGGAUCGGGGCUUUUUUCAAGGCAUUUUUCCGGACACAGCUGGGCCCAAGAUGAAGCAACUCUUCACCAGCGGCCAGCAGAGCAUAUACGCCGGAUUCGAUCCCACCGCCGACAGCCUGCACGUGGGCAAUCUGCUGGUGAUCAUGGGGCUGAUUCACUGCCAGCGAGCUGGCCACAGACCCAUCGCGUUGGUAGGUGGUGCCACAGGUUUGAUUGGGGAUCCCAGUGGCCGGAAAACAGAGCGCAACCAAUUGGGAGAGUCUGUCAUCGAUACCAAUUUGAAGGCCAUUAAACGGCAGUUGGAACAGGUUUUCGAAAACCAUGAGAAGUUCCUCUGGGACACGAGCAAAAACAAGUCGCCAUUGCCACCGCUGACGAUUGUCAACAAUGCCGAUUGGUACGCCAACCUGCAGCUCGUUGACUUUGUGGCCAACAUGGGACGGCAUUUUCGCAUGGGCUCCAUGCUCUCCCGGUCUUCGGUGCAGUCGCGCUUGGAGUCGGAGGACGGGAUGAGUUUCACUGAGUUCACCUACCAGAUAUUCCAGGCCUACGACUGGCUUCAUCUCCUACGCCGCCACAAUUGCUGCUUCCAAAUGGGUGGCUCCGACCAGACGGGAAACCUGAUGACGGGACACGAGCUAAUCAGCCGCGUGGAGCGUAAGGCCGAGGUCUUUGGCUUGACACUGCCCCUGGUGACCACUGAGGAGGGCGACAAGUUCGGCAAAUCGGCGGGCAAUGCUGUGUGGCUGGAUGGUAAUAAGACUUCGCCCUUUGCCCUGUAUCAGUUCUUCCUGCGGAUGCCGGAUUCCGAAGUGGAGAAGCUGCUGAAGCUGUUCACUUUUAUACCGCUGCAGGAGGUUGAGCAGCUGAUGCGGGAGCACACAAGGGAGCCGGAGAAGCGGAAAGCGCAGACACUCCUGGCUGAGGAUGUCACGCUGCUGGUGCAUGGAGAAAAUGGACUUAAGCAAGCGGAGAGGGUAACCAAUGCUCUGUACAAGGGCAAUGUCGAGGGAUUGGCGGAAUUAAACCUAGCCGAGAUCAAGCAAACCUUUCAGGGAGCCACCAUGGUGGAGCUGCUGACCGAGCCUGGGAUGUCCAUCCUGCAGUUGGCCAUGAAGGCCAAGUGCUUUCCCACCGAAAACGAUGCUGUGCGUAUUAUAAAUGCCGGUGGCUUCUACGUCAACCAAAAACGAGUUCAAAACAUCGCCGAGGUCCUCACCACCGGAAUACACAUCCUUCGGAACGGAGUCUCGCUGCUGCGUGUGGGAAAGCGUAACUUUUACAUCGUUCGCUGGCAGUGAAAACAACUUGUAAUUUGUGUUAAAUAAUAGUAGGUUCUUUUACAUUUA